AUGGGGCUGUUGUGGGGGUUGCUGCGAUGCAUGUGUGUGCUGCUGUGCCUGACCCUGCUGCCCGGCGUGGAUCCGGCUGUACCCCUGGAGGAUUUCUACCCGUUCGGACAGGAUGAGGGAGACACCCAGACCAACACACAGGAUGACGGGGGCUCUGGAUUAGUAGAGAUCUCUGUGGCUUUCCCUUUCUUUGGAGACAGGCAUGCAGGACUCUAUGUUAACAACAAUGGUCUGGUUUCUUUCCUGCGAGAGGUUUCCCAAUUCACACCUGUGGCCUUCCCAAUUGCUGGGGACCGCAGGGUGGUAGCACCUUUCUGGGCUGAUGUUGACAACAGACGGGCUGGAAAGGUCUUCUACCGGGAAAGCAAAGACCCGGCGAUCCUGAAGAGGGCCGCAGCAGACAUCCGACGUUACUUUCCAGAAUUUCCUACGUUUACAGCCUCAUGGGUGCUGAUUGCUACCUGGUAUCAAGUCACGUUUUUUGGUGGCAGUGCUUUCACACCGGUAAACACAUUCCAGGUGGUGCUUAUCACAGAUGAGGAGAUUUCUUUCACCAUCUUUCAAUACCAUAACAUCACAUGGACCACUGGCAUGCAUGCAAGCAGUGGGGGAGACAUAGCUGGACUCGGAGGCAUUGCUGCGCAGGCAGGUUUCAAUGCUGGUGACGGAAGGCGUUAUUUCAACAUCCCAGGGUCACGCACUGAUGAUGUGGUUGAGGUGGAAAGCACCACCAAUGUGGGCUAUCCUGGCCGUUGGGUGUUCCGGAUUGAUGAUGCUCAGGUGCAAGUGGGCGGCUGCAAUGCUUCAGCCUCUGUCUGUCCAAACCUGAGGCCAUGUCUCAACGGUGGCCGCUGCAUUGACGACUGCAUCACUGGAAACCCAUCGUUUACGUGUUCCUGUUUAGCUGGUUUCACUGGACGCAGGUGCCAGAUUGAUGUUGAUGAGUGCUCCUCGUAUCCCUGUCAGAAUAGAGGCACGUGCACGGACAAAAUCAACAGUUUUACCUGUCACUGUCCACCAGGGUUUACAGGGACAUUGUGUGAAAUAGACAUUGACGAAUGCCAAGACAGACCAUGCCUCAACGGAGCGCAGUGUGUGCAGGGUGUUGGUAGCUUCACCUGUGUGUGCAAAGCGGGUUACACUGGGGUUUUGUGUGAGACAGAUAUUGAUGAGUGUGAAUCCCAACCAUGUCUGAAUGGAGGCGUAUGUCUGGAUCAGGUGAAUAACUACACCUGCACCUGUAUAGAGGGUUUCACUGGCAAACACUGUGAAACAGAAGUAGAAGUCCUGUCCAAUUCCUCCAUUGCUGAGGUUGCAAAUCAAACAGUCUUGUGUGAGGGCGAAGGAUGUGAAAUGCGUCAAACAUGCAAGUACCUGAGCCCAGGAAAGUACAACUGCACGUGCAACCCCGGUUACUACGGUGACAACUGUGAAGAGGAGUGUCUUUGCCAGAAUGGAGGUGUUUGUGUGGACUUGAAUGGAACCUGUGACUGUCCAACAGGCUUCACUGGACUAUACUGUCAGUUUGAGGUAACACAGACACCUUGCAGUAACAGCAGGCCCUGUCCUGACGGAGGCCCAUGUUUAGAGUAUGGAGGCACAUAUCUCUGCACCUGCCAAACUGGCAUUGCCGACCUGGACCACAAAGACUUCUACCCCUAUGUACAGCCGCGAUCGGCCUGCGACUCUUCACCGUGUCAGAAUGGGGGAUACUGUUAUGAGAGAGACGGAGGCUAUACCUGCGAAUGUAAACAUGGAUAUAGGGGGAAACACUGUGAGAAAGUCAGAUUAAGUAUGUGUGCCUCCAGCCCUUGCCGUAAUGGAGGUUCAUGUAAGGAGGAGGGCGGAAGCUACCACUGUGUGUGUCCUUACAGGUUCACUGGCAAACACUGUGAAGUAGGAAAGCCAGACCCCUGUGCAUCCAGUCCAUGUCUUAAUGGGGGGACAUGUUUCCAUUACAUUGGGAAAUACAAAUGUGAAUGUGCCGGCUCUUACAGUGGGAGACACUGUGAAAUCAACAGAGGAUCUGCACACACUUCACAAGUGUUGGAUUGUGGGCCUCCACUGAAGGUGAAGCACGCUGAGGUGCAGUUCUCCUCCACUACUCCAGGGUCUGUAGCAUUGUACGUCUGCCACAGCGGGUACACCGCAGUUCCCCGGGCAACCCAAAGUGUCUGCGGGGUUCAGGGGUCUUGGAGCCAGCCCCCAGUCUGUGAAGAGAUAAACGAAUGUUUGUCUCAACCGUGUCUGAACGGAGCAACCUGCAGGGACAGAGUGGCUUCCUAUCUGUGUGAGUGUGAGGACGGUUUCACUGGACAGCACUGUCAGACAGAUCUGGAUGAGUGUUUGUCAGAGCCGUGUAAACACGGUGGUACAUGUGAAGACCAGCCUGGCUCUUAUUUCUGUCACUGUCAGCAGGGCUACACGGGACAGGACUGUGAGAUAGAGCAGGACAGUUGUGAGUCCAAUCCCUGCUUGAACGGAGGAGUGUGUCGCGGUUACCGGCGGAACCACUUGUGUGUAUGUAAGGAAGGUUUCUUUGGAGACCGCUGCCAAAUGUUGGAGAAUCCAUGUGUACUGCAGCCUUGUGGGAACCGUGGUUUCUGUCGCAGUGACAGGAGAGGAAACUACAGUUGUGCCUGCAGAGUAGGCCAUACGGGCAGAGACUGCGAGAGAGAUCUGUUGCCUCCGUCGGGGCUGCGUGUGUUACGGGUGGAGGAAAAUGAGGUGGAGCUGCGCUGGGAUCAGCCAGACGCCUCACAGGCCCCGAUCAGUGGAUUCGCUAUCACCUAUGCCCCUCUGGGGCGUGGCCCAAGGAAGACGGACCUUCUAGACAGUCAGCGUUCCAGUUACCUGCUCCAGGGCCUCAGUCCGGGCCUUCUCUACAACAUCUCCACCUUCUCCGUCAAACGAAACGCCAACAGUAAUGACAUCAGCCAGCCUGCAUUCGCGCUCAUCCGCACGAGACCACGUAAGGUGGAGCAGUUGGAGGUGGUAAAUGUCUCGUCAUCUCAGGUGUGGUUCCGUUGGCUGGUGAAGGUGGGCAGACAUGCAGUGGUCAGCCAGAUCAGAGUAACCCUCACACCCUCUGAUGACAGCGGCGUUCGAACAGCAGUCCUCAACACCAGCGUGUCAGAGUACACCUUCAGUUCUUUACUUCCCAGUCAGAGAUAUACAGUAGACGUGUUGACACAGAGUGGAGUUCGGCCCGAGGACUUACCCUCAACCAGCCACUCUGCAGGACCACUGCAUUUCUGGACAAGGCCACUCCCCCCUCAGAAUCUCAGCCUAUCCCACAUCACCACCACCUCGGCUCAGGUGACGUGGGACCGCCACCCACGGAGCGUGCAGGACGGCUUUGUGGUCAACGUGACAAGAGGCCUGAGCGUACGGAGUCGUUACCUUCCUGACGGUACAAUAGGAGUCUACACGCUGCGUGACCUGGACCCUGGCCAGCAUUACCAUCUCGCUCUGACUGCUGUAUUAAAUACUGGCCAGGAACAAAUCCACAGCGUUCCUCAACACUUAGCCUUCACUACAUCCCCACUGGAGCAGCAGAGACGGAAGAGUGAAAGGCUGCAGACAGGAGAGGACUCCCCCGUGGGUCGUACCAUCACGCAGGCCAAACCUCAGGGCACUGGAACUGCUGAGGAGAGGGAAAACUCAGAGGAACUGCCGAGAUACACGGAGUUAGUUGAUGGCAGGGGAAGGAUAACAGCAAAGUUCACCACUUUACCCAGGAAAACUAUCCAACAUCGUCCCAGACCUGAACCCCCAAUCAAAUUGGAGAGGCUGGAGGAGACAACCAAUAAAAUCAGCUUAGCUCUGGAGAUUCCAGAGGAAGUAACAAGGAGAAGGCCUGAGCUGUCUUGGGACUGUCGAAGUCAGCCGUGUCAGAACAGUGGGACAUGUGUGAAGGACGGUGACUCCUACAGCUGUGACUGCGCAGCCAACUUCAAGGGUAGACAGUGUGAGCUAUUUUGCCAGCGAGUACCGCACCCAUGCACCCGGCUUUAUUCUGAGACAAAGAGUGUACCUGUCUGGGAAGGCGGAGUCUGCCAUUACCUGUACAAAAGAACAUAUAAAGUACAGCAGGACGUUUGUUACAGAGAGAUCUGUGAGCCUGUGCUUCCAAAGAAACCCCUCAACAGAAGACCUAACAGACAACAAUAAUGGAGGCUGAUUCCAUGUGAUUUUGACGAGGUUGGGUCCUCUAAACCCCCAAGGAUCACCUCUUCCAGAGCUAACUCAAGUGAGAAGCCCUGGCCAAGUUCUGGAGUGUUCUCUCCAAAACUCAUUGGAUCAGUGGUUGCCCAGGCUGACCAGAAGAGUUCCAUGACCAAUAGACGUUGAUUCCUCCCACUCUAGCAGUUACCUGCAUCAAAUAGCAUACCUCAAAAUGUCCGUGAUGACACAUUUAAAAAUAACGAGCAGUGGCUAUGUAGGCCCUCAGGGAAAUGUGUGAAUCAUUGCCUGUUCUAUUUACAAACCUUCACAAAAAAUGCAUCUCAUCUGAUUAUGAAACUGAUAAACCUCCUUACAUAGGACCAGGUAUGCUCUCCCUCUCUCAGCA